CCGGCGACGACCCAUCGCCUCCUUCGCCGUCCGGUCUUCCCCUUUCCGCGCCGCCGGUUCGUGCCAAACCCUACUCCCUCCACAAUGCAGUGGCGCCUAAGCUGAAAUCAGUGAAUCGUGCGCCGCGGCGAAGAGAGAACUCAACAGGAUUUGUGGGGAAGGAGGGGAGCAGGGUCAGAGACCGAUAGAGAUCAUCAGGUUUGACGUGUCCUCCAUGGCUGGCGGCGGCGAGCCGUCGCGGUCUGCCUCCACCAUAGUCGCCAACACCGCGAGUGGGUACCACAUCCUCAGGAUCGAUGGAUACUCCCGCACCUUGGCGACUCCCACAGGAGAGUACAUCGCGUCCCUCCCGUUCACCGUGGGCGGCCUUCGCUGGCACAUUCGCUACUACCCCAACGGUAACAAGUCAGAGGACAAAGAUGGCAUCUCGCUUUUUCUUUAUCUCCACGACAGCGUCGCCAAGCCAGUGAAAGCGCAGUUCGGCUUCCGUUUCGUCGGCGACGUGGCGGAGCAGCCGUUGACACUGGGAGGAAUGCAUAUCUACGAUAACCAGAGUGCUUGGGGACGCCCCCAGUUCAUCAAAAGGGAAGUUUUUGAAGCGUCGAAGCAUCUGCUUGAUGAUUCUUUUGCCAUUCGGUGCGAUGUGGUCGUCACCACGGAAUUCCGGACGGAGGAGGCGCCGGAAGCCACCACUCCGGCCGAUAGUAUCUCCGUGCCCCCAUCUGACCUGCACCAGCAUCUUGGCGGCCUCCUGUUGAACGAAAAGGGCGCUGAUGUGGUGUUCGACGUCGCCGGUGAGAUGUUCGCUGCACACCGGUGCGUGCUCGCAGCCCGUUCGCCUGUCUUCAGUGCAGAGCUCUUUGGUGCGAUGAAAGAGAGCAACACCGGAGGUGGUGUGGUGCACAUAGAGGACAUGGAACCUCGGGUGUUCAAGGCUCUGCUCUACUUCGUUUACACAGACUUAUUCCCAAUGGCAAAGAAAAACAAAAAGCCAAAGACAACGAUAAAGACAAAGAAGAUGAAACAGAUGGAAGAGGGAGACGUAGGCGACGACGAGGAAGACGUUUUGUCUCAGCACCUACUGGUUGCUGCGGACAAAUACAACUUGGAGAGGCUGAAAUUGUUAUGUGAAAAGAAGCUGUGUGACUAUAUCAAUGCAGACAAUGUGGCAACCAUCCUGGCGCUAGCCGAGCAACACCACUGCCAUGGACUCAAGAAGGUGUGCUUCCAUUUUCUCAGCUCUCCUGCAAAUUUGAGGGCAGCCGUGGCCAGUGACGGCUUUAAGCAUCUGAGCAAAAGCUGCCCCUCUGUUAUGCAUGAGUUGGUUGCCAUGCUCGCAACUUAGUUCCAUGAUGCCUGGUUUCCUUCUUAGCAACUGCAGUUGAUGAUUUUUUUGGGUCGACUUCUGUUGUCAAGCGACAAGCGGCUAUGAAAAAUGCUAGUUGAUGUUUCCCAUUUUCAGUAGAUGUGAAUCCCAUCUCCUAAGUGCCAAGGAGAUCCUAAACUAGUUUAAUCUGUUAGUGCUUUUGUUAGUUGACUGCGUUUGUGCAACUCUACCAAUUUGCAACGGAUGAUUUUGUUAUCUGCUAGCUUUGAAUCUCCAUUAAGUUAUGCUAUCUAGAACUUG